CACCACCAAUCAAAAGUGACCAAUCACAUCCUGGAAUGGCUGCUGGACAAUUGACCCACACAGCAUAACCAGUCGACGUCAGGUGCAGGGCAGGUAGCAAUGGCAGGCGGCGGCAAGAUCAUCAAGAACACGGCAGGUAAGCAGGCGCUGCGUGCCAACAAGAAGGUGUCAAAGCAGGCGGCUAAGCAGAGCCGUAAGGUGACGAGUGUGGCCAAGCCCAAGCGUGUCAAGGCUCAUGUGCAGCGUGCCAUCAAGGCUAAGGAGCCUAAGCUCGUAGAAAACACCAAGAAUCUGCUAGUGAUGCGUGGCAACAAGACCAGCGAGGAGGUGAAUGAACUGCUGCGCGACUUGCGCAUGAUCAAGGCUCCAUUUGCCAAGUUUAUGGGCAAGAAGAACGACAUUCACGUCUUCGAUGACGAGAACAAGGUGGAGUUCCUUACACAGAAGAACGACGCCAGUCUUUUCCUCAUUGGCAGCAGCACUAAGAAGCGUCCGAACAAUCUCGUGUUCGGUCGAACCUUCGACGGCCACAUCCUGGACGUCAUGGAGUUCGGGUUCUCCAACUUUAAGUCCAUCAGUGCUUUCAAAUGCAAGAGCAAGAAAGCUCCGGGCUCCAAGCCCAGCUUUGUGUUUACUGGAGACCAAUGGGAGAGCGUUGAGGCCUUCAUGAAGCUCAAAAACAUCCUGUUGGACACGUUUCGUGGCACUAUUGUGCAGAGCGUAAACGUCAAGGGUCUGGACCACGUUAUUGUGUGCACGGCUUGGAAGGAGAAGGUCUUCUUCCGCUCGUACUCGGUCGACUUUAAGAAGGGCGACGAGUCCCACCCUCGCGUGGAACUGGACGAGAUGGGCCCGCGCUUCGAUCUGGAGUUCCGUCGCAAUAAGUUCGCGUCGGCUGACUUGAUGAAGGUCGCUACCAAGAAGCCCAAGGGUCUGGCACCCAAGAAGAUUAAGAACAUCUCUCGCGACGAGCUCACGGGCGACAAACUGGGCCGUAUUCACAUGGAUCACCAGGAUAUUUACUCGAUGCAGAGCCGCCGGGUGAAGGCGCUGCGCAAAACGCCCGCCGACCUCAAGAAGAGCAACACGGAGGACGCCGGGGACAAUGAGAUGGAAGACUAAUGUAUACACCAUGACUAGCUUUUAGACAAACAAAGGCGUUUGCUUUUUUGACUGCACAAACAGCGCACACAAUGCGGAACUUGUUCAUGUUUACAGUCUUGAAUUGCAUGCAACAAAUGCCCGUGCUGG